AUGGAAACAGACAGCAGAGGCCUCGUGCUUUUUGAUGUCGGAGUUCCGAAAUUUCAACGGUGCAAGGUUCAAGGAGCAUCGGUGACGGCAGCAGGUGCACCACGACAAUUAAUGAAAGACGGAAUUACGAGAAAAGGAAAAACCCUCUUCCUACCCAUCACUUCUACUUCACUCACUAUAUUUAUCACUAGAGCUUCUAAGCUAAAAGGUCGGUUCGCAUCUGCCCAUUUCCAAGCGUCCUGUGUUUCAG